CUUCGCGUUUCUCUGUCAUUAAUUCUGUCCCUCUGCGGCUCCAGUAGAGCUUCUCUUCCGGCAGAAUAGGCUGUUUGUGUGUGAAGGUCGUGAGUCCAACCUGUGAUCCAUCAUGUCUCUGCAAAAGCCACUGAUGAGGGGUUUGCUGGCAAAGCGUCUGAGGUUUCACGUUCCCAUCGCGUUCGCUCUGUCCAUGCUGACUGCUGUGGGCUGGAAGUACGGAGUGACCGAGCCGAGGAAACAGGCGUACGCUGAAUUCUACAAGCAUUACGACGCCACCAAAGAGUUCACCGCUAUGAGGGAGGCCGGCAUCUUCGAGAGCGUGAGGCCCAAAGGAGAGUAAAACCAUCGCUUCUCCCCGUCACUCUUUCCUGUUCUGAGGAUGAAGUUCCUUCUUUGGAUGUUAUUUACUGACUUAGAUGUGAACACCGCUAUGCUGUCCUGUUCCUCUAAAUAAAAUAUUCUAUUAAUGUGUAAA